AACAUGACGUUAGGGCUUCCGUAACGCCAUAUUGGUUUCGUUACAUCAGGACGAAGUAGCCAGCUAGCAAAGGGAUUUGUGGAAGAGGCGUUGAAAUCAUGGAAAGGAGUCUCUGACCACGGUGAAACAUACAUUUGGAAGUGAGGCAUCCUGAGACCAUGUUGGCACAUCUGUUCAGGCUCCAUGGCCUGCUGGUGGCUUCUCACCCAUGGGAGGUAAUAGUGGGCACCCUCGCUCUCACCAUCUGCCUCGUGUCCAUGAAUAGUCUGGCAGCAAGCAGUCAGAUGUGCAGCUGGAAUGACUGCCCCAAAGUCGAGGAGAAAAUCCACAGCAGUGACAUAAUCAUCCUAACAGUCACUCGCUGCAUGGCCAUCGUUUACAUCUAUUUCCAGUUCAAGAAUCUUCGACAACUGGGAUCCAAGUAUAUACUGGGUAUUGCAGGUUUAUUUACAGUAUUCUCCAGCUUUGUUUUCAGUACAGUGGUCAUCCAUUUCUUUGGGAAAGAGCUGACAGGCCUUAAUGAAGCCCUGCCAUUCUUCCUCUUGCUCAUCGACCUGUCCAAAGCCUGUGCAUUGGCCAAAUUUGCCCUCAGCUCAAACUCUCAGGAGGAGGUGAGGGAGAAUAUUUCUCACGGCAUGGCCAUCCUGGGCCCCACCUUCACCCUGGAUGCUCUGGUGGAGUGUCUGGUCAUUGGGAUUGGCACCAUGUCAGGAGUGCCUCAAUUAGAGAUCAUGUGUUGUUUUGGCUGUAUGUCUGUCCUGGCCAAUUACUUUGUAUUUAUGACCUUCUUCCCUGCAUGUGUCUCACUGGUCCUGGAGCUGUCUAGGGAAAGUCGUGAGGGUCGUCCAAUCUGGCAGCUGAGCCACUUUGCCCGUGUGCUGGCUGAAGAAGAGGACAACAAGCCCAAUCCUGUGACCCAGAGGGUUAAAAUCAUCAUGUCCCUGGGUCUAGCCUUGGUUCAUGCCCAUACUCGACUAGCAGCUGAGAAUCCAGGUCAGAAUCGAACAGUGGAGGGGCCCGUAGCUAAGGGACUGGAGGCAGGUGGUACCAUGUGGCCUCUGAAGCUCACCAGUAUGGACAUGGAGCAGGUGAUAACCCUCGGUCUUGCCCUGCUCCUGGCGGUGAAGUACGUCUUCUUUGAGCAAACAGAGACAGAGUCUUCCCUGUCUCUCAAGAGUCCUAUUAUCAGCUCCCCUCCAACCCAGAAUUGCAGGGUGGCAGGGGACUGCUGCAGGAGGGACCUCCCAGCCCAGAGACUCCAGAAGACUGGGAACGGUAUCUCAGCAACUAGCCCUACCUUUGCAGCUGUCUCUGACAAUAUACUUUCUUCUGAGGCUGACAGAGCAGUUAGAGAGAAGGAAUUGAGUCAGGCUCCAGCAGUCUCAGUGGAAAACAGCCCCCAUGUUUCACAGCUGGGGGACUCUCCUUCGCCAACACCUUCUGUUCCUCAGAGUGGCUCUAAUUCAGAGCCCCGCACACUGGAGGAAUGUAUGGCCAUCCUCUCAGACCCUCAGAGAGGUCCCCGUUUUCUCAGUGAUGCAGAGGUUAUAAACCUGAUAACCUCACGUAACAUCCUGAACUAUAAACUGGAAGCGGUUCUUGAGACUCCAGAGAGGGGCGUGGCUAUCAGGAGGGACAUGUUAUCACCCAAACUGCCUGUUCCAUCUGCCCUGGCUUGUCUGCCUUAUAAGGACUACGACUAUUCUAAGGUGAUGGGCACUUGCUGUGAGAAUGUAAUCGGAUACAUGCCGGUACCUGUGGGAGUGGCUGGUCCUCUUCUGUUGGAUGAGAAGCAGUUUUACAUUCCUAUGGCGACCACAGAGGGCUGCCUGGUCGCCAGCACUAACAGAGGAUGCAGGGCACUUUCUCUGAGCGGGGGUUGCCGCAGCGGGAUCCUAGCUGACAGUAUGACCAGGGGUCCUGUGGUGAGGCUGCCCUCAGUGUGCCGGGCUGCAGAGGUCAAAGUCUGGCUCGAGACCUCGGAGGGUUUCAGCCUGAUCAAAGAGGUCUUCGACCAGACUAGCAGGUUUGCUCGUCUGGAGAAGCUGUUGGUGGGCUUAGCUGGGAGGAACCUGUACAUUCGCUUCCAGUCUCAGACAGGAGACGCCAUGGGCAUGAACAUGCUCUCCAAGGGGACUGAGCAGGCUCUGCACAGACUCCAGCAGCAGUUUCCAGACAUGGAGGUGCUGUCGGUCAGUGGCAACUACUGCACCGACAAAAAGUCUGCUGCCAUCAACUGGAUUCUGGGCCGGGGGAAGUCUGCUGUCUGUGAGGCCACCAUCCCUGCCAAGGUGGUCAGGGAGGUGCUGAAGAGCAGUACAGCUGCUCUGGUGGAACUGAAUAUCAACAAGAACUUGGUGGGCUCAGCCAUGGCAGGCAGUAUAGGGGGCUUUAAUGCUCAUGCUGCCAACAUUGUGGCAGCCAUAUACAUCGCCUGUGGACAGGAUCCUGCUCAGACAGUGGGGAGCUCCAACUGCAUCACUCAGAUGGAACCUGCUGGUCCAAAUGGAGAAGACCUGUACAUCAGCUGCACCAUGCCCUCCAUAGAGCUCGGUACUGUGGGAGGAGGCACCAACCUGCAGCCGCAGCAGGCCUGUCUGCAGAUGCUUGGUGUCCAAGGCACCAGUCCCAACCAGCCUGGUGAGAAUGCCCGUCAGCUGGCCCGUAUAGUUUGUGCCACCGUCCUGGCAGGAGAGCUCUCUCUCAUGGCUGCUCUAGCUGCUGGACACCUCGUCAAAAGCCACAUGACUCACAACAGAUCUAAAACAAAUUUGUGUGAAACACCCUCGUAAAAGUCUGAGACGGCUGCGUGAUGUGAAAUGUUGAAGGUCCAUCUCAGCCAGAGUGAACCAGCCCUCCGGACACCGUCACUUCACCGUGACAACUAAAAGGGUCUCCUAGUGACGUGGUUCUGAAGGGAGUGCUGUGGAAAUCCAGAUGCUAAAGGGUAACAGGCUAAUAGCCAGAUCCAACACAUGCUGAAGACCUCGGCCAAUGUGUGCUUGCUUUGAGUGUCACCUGACUGAUUGCUAAAAGACUUUCUGGAUUGAGUUGUUCUGUUGCGUUUACUUAUUCGUGCCAUUUGUCUGCAUCUUAACGUUGCAGUAGUGUGUGAGAAAACCUUCAUUGUUGUCAGCACUGAUCUUGGGACAACUGGGAGUCUGGAUUGGCAAAAUCCACCUUGCUGCGCAAAGUCUUGAACAAGUACCCCGUGCCUCCCUAGACUAGUAAGGCCAAAAGCCAGAAGUUUUUUCUGCCAUACUUGGAAAGACACAACUUCUACAUAAAUUCCAGUAUGGUUUUCCAUCUAAAACGCAUGAGGGAAGAUUGUCAAACAGCUCUAACACCUGUUUAACUGAAAAAUGGAUCUUUGCACUUGGCAAAAGCUUGCUCGAGACAAUACUGUUACUGUGACAAGUGACGCGUUGAGUUCAAAAUGCCAACUUUCUGCUUGAAUGUAUGUUGUAUUAUAUCAGUGUUAGGAUAUCACUUGCACAACGCUUCCUGAAUUAAGGUGCUACUGUAUACUGUGUAUACUGUAGAAUGACUGUGGCUGUCUGACCUCUCGGUUCCGAGGUUAAAAAGCAUCUGCCGUUAAAGGGUUUUAUGGUUUUUUCAGACUUUGUUUAACCACUAAGACAAACAGGAAAACCAAAGCCAUGCAAAUGAAUUUAAUAAACUUUUAUGGUACACCAUUAUAUAUGUGGAGCUGUUGAUUUGUUGGCAGGGUGGAAGUAAGAGGAUGGGUUUAAAGCAACAAGUACUGCAGGGUCUUGUAACGUCAUUUUUGGAAAGCUCUGAAGUGGCCUUACAUACAGUAUGUCUUCGAGAAAUUGAGCCUUAGCAUGUUCUAGUUAGUUAGAAUAUUCAAUUCUAAGAUAUUAAUGUCAAAAGAUUGUAUAAAAGAUUGUUUUAUUUAAAAAAUAAAUCACAUUAUGUUCCCUUA